AGCGUCCAAACUUCUUUAAAGCAUACAAGCUUUCCCAUCUACUAUUACCUCCCGCUUAAGUAGCUUGCUAAUCAGCAGCUGCUGUAGACACGCAACCUUGCGUGUGAUCCUCCUCGCUUCCUCUUUUCCUUCCACAAGCAACCAUGCGUGAGAUCGUCCACAUCCAGGGUGGCCAGUGCGGCAACCAGAUCGGUGCCAAGUUCUGGGAGGUCGUCUCUGAUGAGCACGGCAUCGACCCCACCGGCACCUACCAUGGCGACUCCGACCUGCAGCUGGAGCGCAUCAACGUGUACUUCAACGAGGCCACCGGAGGCCGCUAUGUUCCCCGUGCCAUCCUGAUGGACCUGGAGCCCGGCACCAUGGACUCCGUGCGCUCUGGUCCUUAUGGCCAGAUCUUCCGCCCCGACAACUUCGUCUUCGGCCAGACCGGCGCCGGCAACAACUGGGCCAAGGGCCACUACACCGAGGGUGCUGAGCUUAUUGACUCCGUCCUUGACGUUGUUCGCAAGGAGGCUGAGAGCUGCGACUGCCUGCAGGGUUUCCAGGUGUGCCACUCCCUUGGUGGCGGCACCGGCUCCGGCAUGGGCACCCUCCUGAUCUCCAAGAUUCGUGAGGAGUACCCCGACCGCAUGAUGCUCACCUUCUCCGUCGUGCCAUCGCCCAAGGUGUCCGACACUGUCGUUGAGCCCUACAACGCCACCCUCUCCGUUCACCAGCUGGUUGAGAACGCUGAUGAGUGCAUGGUCCUGGAUAACGAGGCUCUGUACGACAUCUGCUUCCGCACCCUGAAGCUGACCACCCCUACCUUCGGUGACCUCAACCACCUUAUCUCCGCCGUCAUGUCGGGCAUCACCUGCUGCCUGCGCUUCCCUGGUCAGCUGAACGCUGAUCUGCGUAAGCUUGCCGUCAACCUGAUUCCCUUCCCUCGCCUCCACUUCUUCAUGGUCGGCUUCACCCCCCUGACCAGCCGCGGCAGCCAGCAGUACCGUGCCCUGACUGUGCCCGAGCUGACCCAGCAGAUGUGGGAUGCCAAGAACAUGAUGUGCGCCGCUGACCCCCGCCACGGCCGCUACCUGACGGCCUCUGCUCUGUUCCGCGGCCGCAUGAGCACCAAGGAGGUGGACGAGCAGAUGCUCAACGUGCAGAACAAGAACUCGUCCUACUUCGUUGAGUGGAUCCCCAACAACGUCAAGUCGUCGGUUUGCGACAUCCCUCCCAAGGGCCUCAAGAUGUCGGCUACCUUCAUCGGCAACUCUACGGCCAUCCAGGAGAUGUUCAAGCGUGUGUCGGAGCAGUUCACUGCUAUGUUCCGCCGCAAGGCUUUCCUCCACUGGUACACCGGUGAGGGCAUGGACGAGAUGGAGUUCACUGAGGCCGAGUCCAACAUGAACGAUCUGGUCUCCGAGUACCAGCAGUACCAGGACGCCUCCGCUGAGGAGGAGGGCGAGUUCGAGGGCGAGGAGGAGGAGAACUAAGUGUACAAGAGUAGUGCAAUGACUGUAGGCUUGUAGGUGGUGAUUGCUUCUGAUUUACAUGUGACAAAACAUUGACUGACUAUAUGUGACUUGGUAACCCUAUUGGCUCUUUAGCCAUCUUUGUACGCAUCUUCUUGCAUACGCCAUUCAUUUCGAUUAUCGUUUCGUACAUGUACGGAGAGUCGCUGGUAGCUGUUGUCUUUCUGUGCCAAUGAUAUGGUUUAAGGUUUGACGGUAGCUGUGCGUCAGGCGGCAGGGGUCUUGGCCCUGAACGUAAAUGUGUGGCGAGUUGGCCUUGGGACAUAUCAGACGUACUAAAGCGCAGUAUUCGCAAUGUAAGUAAAUGCUCGUCAA